AUGCCUACCGGAGACACCGAAGAUCGGCCGCCAAUACGAAUUGUGCUCAAAUCGGUAAAAAAACGCGGAAGUAGUGUCCUGCACGAACCGAUGCCCGUUCUUCGUCCUCUAUCAGCCGCUACAGCCUCCAAAAAAUCCUUGAUAAAGAUUCGUUCAACCACUCCGCAGAGGCGUUCCGAUGCAGGAUGCCCACCAAUGUUCAGAGCUAGUCCAGCAAAAGUUUCGAAAUUGCUCACUUGUGACCUCUGUCAUUAA